UUGGGGUAGGACUAGAUGGCCUUUGGGUGCCCCUUCCAAUUCCAGGAUUCUCUUCUAGGGUUCUCCUGCCUGUCUCCCAAAGGUCAUAUUUAUCUGACCCAGGCUGGCUUGCAACCUUUGUUUGCUCGGACUCUGGCCGGCUCGAAAAGGGAGCGGAGGUCCCAUUGGGCGAGCAGGUGGAGGACCAGAAAGAGGACUGCCGACUGGACGCCUGACCAUCUCUUCCCCGGCCAGAGCUUAGUCGAUCCAGAAGACGGGCGAGGCGGAUUCAGGCAGAGAGGUUUUGGCUGCAAAACUCUAUCUCUUUCAACAUCUCAGGCAACUCUGCUGAAAAUGGGUCUCAAACUGGUGGCAACAACACUAUUGUUAGUGGUCCUCUGCUGUGAAAUCUCCAGCUUCCGCCUGCAGAAACGGGAAGCUCAGGAGGAGGCGCAAGUCCUGACCCAACUCCAGGAGGCAGCCAAAGGAUACUGGGACCAGGUUUCCAAUACGACCUUGGGCUGGUUCGGCCAAAUCAAGACCCUUGGGUUUAAUCAGAAGCUCAGCGACAUGUACGAAAAGGGCACCUCGGCCGUGGGCACCUACUGGAACAUCAUCUCCGACCAACUCUAUCACCAUUGGCACGGCGAUCAAUAAAUAGUGUGGUUUGCAAGGCCCGUGGUGGCCCUCUGGCUUGCUUUUCGUACAAUCUGGACACAAAGAUCUGUCUUUCCCUCGUCUCGAGUGAAUAAAGUGCCUUUCCUUCCCCUGA